AUGGCGACUCAAACUAUAAUUGGCUAUGGAUGGCGGUCGUCCAGCUCGUUGAUCAUAGGAACAGCGUGUUUCACUUUGCUGACCGAGGUCCUGCUCUAUGGCUUCGUGGUCCCGAUCUUGCCUUAUAUGCUGGAAGUCCGUUUGGGGGAGGAUCCUGCCCAGACUCAACAGUUGACUGCCUGGUUACUUGGAAUUCAUGGCUUCGCGACAGUGAUAUGUGCUCCGAUUCUCGCUCACUUCGUCGAUCAAACUUCUAAUCGAAGAUCUCCACUUCUUGGCUCUCUGGUAAUUGCCUUGGUUGGAACCAUUCUUGUUGCUACCACACCAAGCUACUUUGUUCUUACCCUGGGUCGAGUUCUUCAAGGCAUCGCAGGAGCAGCAGCAUGGAUCAUUUGUCUAGCUAUCUUGACAGAAAAUGCCGGAGAGGGAAAUGUCGGUAAAAUGAUGGGCAUAAGUAUGUCCAUCGUUAUGACGGGUACGGUUGGCGGACCGGUGCUUGCGGGGACCACGCUAGAGCUAGCUGGGUAUUGGCCUUGUUGGUACCUACCGAUGGGAGCUCUUAUAUUCAACAUGUUUACAUGGUUGAUUUUGAUUGAAUCACCAGCCUCCCACUCGGUCGAAUCGCUUGGUGAAUUCAUCCCAACUGGAGAUGCUGAAGCUAACAAUACUGGAGAGUCCAAUGAUUCGGAGGUCUCUCCACUUCUCCCGCCACUUGUGCAGACUGAUUCAAAGAACGACGAUGCAUUGCAGUCGCUGCCACCAUCCAAUUUCUACGCCGUAAUGGCCUCCGAUCCUCGAAUUAUAGUCAGUUUCGCAAACGUCUUCUGUAGCUCCAUCCUCAUCGGCGCGCUAAAUACCACCUUGCCACUUCACCUUCGCGACAUCUUCGGAUGGGGGCCAUUAGAUGUGGGAACAAUGUUCCUUUUCCUUCGCAUUCCCGCCAUCGUUCUUGGUCCCUUUUCAGGCUGGCUUCGAGAUCGUGUCGGUCUGAGAUACCCUACCACUAUUGGUUGGGUUCUUCUAGGACCUUUAUUUGUCAUCAUGGGUAUUCCUGGAAAUGGCAUGUCCUGGGCCAGUGGUGAAAAUCAGGGAAAACCUAUUUUUGUUUUUUCAAUAAUCGGAGUUGGAAUGAUGCUGCCGUUGAUUCAAGGCUCUGGAAUUUUGCAUGCGUUAAUGAUUGGGAAUAUAGCGGUCUUGGAUGAGUUGGAGUUAAAGCAGCGUAAUAUAUUUGGUGCUUACGGCGGACGUUCAAGGACCUUUGGAUUGAGCGAAAUCUCAUUCAAUCUUGGGCUGAUGGCAGGGCCGCUGCUGGCAGGAGUCGUUUCAGAGAAAAUUGGGUUUGACGCUCUGAGCAUGACCUUGGGUAAGUUCAAUGUUGUGAGGCUUCAUGCCCUCACAUGCAAGAGAGCUUUGGCUGAAAUAAGUUUCAUUUAG